GUUCUCCGUGCUGUUUGUGCGGGCCGUCUCAGCAGCAACAAUGCCCGUUUUAGUGAUGCUCUGAGCUCCUCCGCAAUAUCGAUUCGUGCAAAAUCAUCGCAAAGGAGGAUUUACGAGUUGACAAAGCGUCGGUGUGGCUGUGGCUGAUCCAGGCUGACAUCCCGGAGGGUCUUGAGAGGGUAUUCCUGGACCAUCUUCCAGGGGACUCUCAAAAUAGGCUUCAGAAAAUGGUUACACACUGGAUAAAAAGAAGUGGACCACCUUGUUUAACACAUCUUUGAGGUGCCAUGCCUACCCCAUAUCACCCAUUGAGGGGAACCCCUCAUCAAAAAAGGAACGGUUUCCUCACUUGAUUUGGAACACCACAUGAUAAAAAUGGCCUUAGCCUGUUUCAGGUAUCAAACGGUUGGGUACAUAUUAAUUUACAGGUGAAGCUGGGUUCUUAGUCCAUCCCAACAGGCCCAGAAGAGGAGGCUUGAACCCAGCCUUCAUGAUAUAGUAUCCAUCCACCUGCCCGACAAGGUCGAAUCAUGGCUGCUGCAGAAGAUAUUGAUUAUUUGGUCAGACAAGGAGUAAGAAAGUAAAAAAAAAAUGCAGCGCAACGGCGGCGGACUUGGAGCCGGAGGGCAGCCUUGGGUGUUAAGGCGUGUGCGUCUUACCUGGCUCAGUUUCAUGCUCUUCUUUAUCCUGGUUUUCUUCCCGCUCAUUGCUCACUACUACCUCACAACCAUCGAUGAAGCUGGGAGUCCAGAUAAACGUAUAUUUGGACCCCGGCCCGGUGGCGAAUUGUGCGAGGCCAAACAUGUGCAAGACCUGUGCCGCAUACGUGAGUCUGUCAGUGAAGAGCUGCUACAGCUGGAGGCCAAGCGACAAGACCUCAACGGCGAGAUCGCCAGGCUCAACCUGCGCAUUGAGGCUUGCAAGCGCAGCAUUGACAGUGCCAAGCAGGACCUCCUGCAACUGAAGAAUGUCAUCAGCCAGACAGAGCAUUCCUAUAAAGAACUAAUGGCCCAGAAUCAGCCGAAGCUUUCUCUGCCUGUCAGGUUGCUUCCUGACAAAGAAGACCCAGGACUCCCACCACCCAAAUCCGCCCGCUCUUGCCACCUACACACCUGCUUCGACUAUGCCCGCUGCCCCCUAACAUCUGGAUUUCCUGUAUAUGUGUAUGAUGUGGGGUCCUAUCCAUGGGGAGAGCAUAUUGACCCACUGGUUAAGCAGGCUUUUGCAGUGUCUGUCAAGAGCAAUAUUUAUGUAACAGAUAACCCCACCAUUGCCUGUCUGUAUUUGGUGCUGGUUGGAGAGCUACAUGAGUCUCCCACAUCCCUGCCUCCUAAUCCUCUGGAUUUAGAGAAACAACUAAAAGCUCUUCCUUACUGGAGAUCAGAUGGGCACAAUCAUGUUCUUGUGCAUCUUUCAAGAAAGUCCACAACUCAGAAUUUCUUGUAUAAUGUAAGCACAGGGCGGGCAUCAGUUGCUCAGUCCACUUACCUGGAGCAGCAGUACCGUGAAGGCUUCGACUUGGUUGUGUCCCCACUGGUGCAUGCCCUCUCGGAACCCAACUUUUUGGAAGUGCCUCAUCAGGUACCAGUGAAAAGAAAAUAUCUCUUCACAUUCCAAGGAGAGCGGGUAGAAUCACUGAGGAGCCGCUUGCAGGAAACUCAUCCUCAGUCGUUUGAGGAAGAGAUGGAAGGAGAUCCACCAGCUGACUACGACGAUCGUAUCAUCGGCACCCUAAAAGCAGUACAAGAUAGCCAUUUAGACCAGGUGCUUAUAGAGUUCACCUGUAAAAUCCCUAAGCCUAGUUUAUCAACUGAAUGGUCUCUUUGUGGGGAGCGAGAAGACAGACUAGAGUUACUGAAGACAUCUACUUUUGCUUUGGUGAUUGCACCGGGCGAUGGUCAGCUGGUAGCCUCUGCAGGCUGUGGAAUGAGGCUUUUUGAAGCUUUAGAGGUAGGGGCCAUCCCUGUAGUGCUAGGGGACCACUCUAAACUACCCUAUCACCAGUUUAUUCGAUGGAGCGAAGCAGCCAUUAUGGUGCCCAAGCCUCGUGUGACAGAGUUACACUUCCUGCUGCGGAGCCUAUCAGACAAUGAUAUGUUAGCUAUGAGACGACAGGGACGCUUUCUGUGGGAGACCUACUUCUCCACCUCAGAGAACAUACUUAAUACUAUCCUGGCUAAUAUUCGUACAAGGAUCCAGGUUCCUGCUGCACCCAUAAAUGAGGAGCCUGCACAAGAGAUCCCCCACAAAGCGGGUAAACUUGCUGGGACUGAUGCCAACCUUGCAGACAAUGGCGAUCUUGAUUUAGGACCUGUAGAAACGGAGCCACCCUACGCUUCUCCUCGCUUUCUCCGCAACUUCACCUACACCGCCGUCGACAUCUACCGAACAUGGAACAGUGCUCCCGGCCCUUUUCAUUUGUUUCCCCACACUCCCCUGGACCCCGUUCUGCCCUCUGAAGCUAAGUUCCUAGGUUCGGGUACUGGUUUCCGGCCCAUCGGUGGCGGUACUGGAGGAUCCGGGAAGGAGUUCCAGGCAGCUUUGGGAGGGAAUGUUCCUAGGGAACAAUUCACUGUGGUCAUGUUGACAUAUGAGCGUGAGGAAGUGCUGAUGAACUCUUUGGAGAGGUUGAACGGACUGCCAUACCUCAACAAGGUGGUGGUGGUGUGGAACUCCCCCAAACCUCCUUCAGAUGACCUGCUGUGGCCUGACAUUGGGCUACCCAUUGUGAUUGUCCGCACAGAGAAGAACAGCCUCAAUAAUCGCUUCCUUCCCUGGGACGUCGUAGAGACUGAGGCCAUCCUCUCGAUAGAUGACGACGCCCAUCUGCGUCAUGAUGAGAUCAUGUUUGGGUUCAGAGUGUGGCGCGAGGCCAGAGAUCGUAUCGUGGGUUUCCCUGGGAGAUAUCAUGCCUGGGACGUCAACCAUCAGUCCUGGCUCUACAACUCCAACUACUCCUGCGAGCUCUCCAUGGUGCUGACAGGAGCAGCGUUCUUCCACAAGUACUACGCCUACCUGUACUCAUACGUGAUGCCCCAGGCCAUCAGGGACAUGGUGGACGAGUACAUCAACUGUGAGGACAUCGCCAUGAACUUUCUUGUCUCGCACAUCACCCGCAAACCGCCUAUCAAGGUGACGUCUCGUUGGACUUUCCGCUGCCCCGGCUGCCCUCAGGCACUGUCGCACGACGACUCGCAUUUCCACGAGCGACACAAGUGCAUCAACUUCUUCGUCAAAGUGUACGGCUACAUGCCGCUGCUCUACACGCAGUUUCGAGUGGACUCGGUGCUGUUCAAGACCCGCUUGCCGCACGACAAGACCAAAUGCUUCAAGUUCAUCUAGCGGGUGGAGGAGUGAUCGCAGGUAUGGCGGAGGAGCCGCGAAGCACGCUUUGAAUACGACCCCGGAAGCGGGGGUGUGGCCCACUGAAGCUGGCGGGCAUCUCCACACCUCCCCUCUGGGCCUCACUGCCAGCCAAAAAAAAGAAGUCCUUCAAGUGGAUUAAGGUCCGUUUUUUAUGUUCUUGUCAUCAUUCUUGGUGGUGGACCACACACCACAACAGAUAUUCUUUUAUGAUUUUUUUUUUUAUGUUCCUCCAACUGAGGAAAGGAUGUACAGAGAAUAUGAGAAAAUCGCCACGCGACUCCCGGCUAGCCUGGGGUCGGCCUGCACACUUUCAUUGCCUCUUUGCUUUUUUGUCUUUUUCAUUUAACAGCAACUAACUGUAUGAAUUGUACAUACUGUAUAUGUGAGAGAAGCACUGAUUGUCAGAAGUAUUUUAUUGAGCAGGUUUAUUUUAGUUUUUACGUUUCAUUGUGGGCAAAACCCUCUUGUUUUUUCCCGUUAUUAGUCUUGGACCAUCGACUGAAAAACAUUUAGCCAGUAAGUCACCAUAAUGCCUCAAUUUUGUCAUGGAAACCAGCCACCAAUUAUUUAGUGUGUACAAUUACUGGUGUGCUGUUUUUUAUGAAGGAGUAUUAGAGCCACACUGAGAAGAAUACAAAAUAAUAAUACUGUUGUACCAAAAUGACAAAAAAACAAGUCAAAUCUCUAUUUUUUGUAAUCCUUCACAAAAAGGUCAGACAAAAACUAAUCGUAAGAAAACACAAGCAAGAAAUAAUAACACCAGUGUACACACAAUAUUGUUGCCAUGACAACAAGAAAAUUACAUUAGACAUAACGCAGUGUUUACCGUACGCCACAAGUGAAGAAUUGGGAAAAAAAAGAAUCAGAUGUAUUUUUUUUACUUUUUAUUUAUAUAUAUAUUAGACUUUGAAAUUUGAGCAACAGGCUUCCGCAGCUUUGAGUUGAUUGAUUUAAACUUUUAUUAGUACAUUGCACAGUACAGUAUAUAUUCCGUACAAUUGACCACUAAAUGGUAACACCCAAAUAAGUUUUUCAACUUUAAGUCGGGGUCCACGUUAAUCAUUUCAUGGUAACUGUUAAUCAAUUCAUAGUAGCUGAGCAUCAGAGUGGCCUAACAGCACAAAGUCAGUCAAUAAUGCUACUACGGUUGUACCAAAAUAACAAAAAAAAAGUCAAAUCUGUUGGUUUUUUUGUAAUCCUUCCCAAAAAGGUCAGACAAAAACUAAUCAUAAGAAAACCCAAGCAAGAAAUAAUAACACCAUUAUACACACGAUAUAGUUGCCAUGACCACAAGAAAAUGACAUUAGACAUAUUGCAGUGUUGAAGAAUUGAAAAAAAAAAGAAUCAGAUGUAUUUUUUUUUACUUUAUAUAUAUAUAUAUAUAUAUAUAUACAUAUAUAUAUAUAUAUAUAUAUAUAUAUAUACGUAUAUUAGACUUUGAAAUUUGAGCAACAUGCUUCCGUAGCUUUGAUUUGAUUGAUUGAAACUUGUAUUUGUAGAUUGCACAGUACAGUACAUAUUCCGUACAAUUGACCACUAAAUGGUAACACCCCAAAAAGUUUUUCGGGGUCCACGUUAAUCAAUUCAUAGUAGCUGAGCAUCAGAGUGGCCUAACAGCACAAAGUCAGCAUCAAUAUUUGUUUCCACAGAAUUUGGCGACUAUAUGCCUGUCACCAAAAAUGCAUUUGCUAUUUUAUGUCAAUUUUGUUUAAAAAACUGUCAUUUGUUAAACAUUAGUGCAUGUUUAAAAUGAUCAGAAUAUUCAUCUUUAUUGGCCUGUCAAUGGGCUCCAGCAUAAGAUAACACAUUUGUUUUUGAGUAUACUCUAAGUUUAUUUUUACCCUUUUCAAAAAAAAAUACAAAAAAAAAAAUACAUGCACCAUAGUCAAUGAUGCUAAUUUCAUGACAUGUUUAUACUGUCUCAGCCACAACUAUAAUUAGGGAAAACACUGUACUGUACAGUAAUAUAGACUGCUACACAACCACUAACCUGGAAAAAUACAGCAACUUGUGAUAUGUUGUGCAGUACCUUAAAAUUCUUAAUUUAUGUCAUAAAUACGUACUAAAAUUGUUUAAAUAGGCAUAUUUUUGACUAAUAGUAUGCACAAACAAUUAUAUAUAUAUAUAUAUAUAUAUAUAUAUAUACACAGUAUAUAUAUUUUUAAAAACAUUGAUGGAUUGAAGAAGCAUAAAUCGGAUUGCAAAAACAGCAACAAUCUGGAAUUCAAUUGUGUUUCUCCACUUCUUCAUGAAGCGCCAGCACUUGCAACUUUCUUUGGCCCCAUUGUAGGUUUUGUUGCGGUUAUACUUCCUGCUUGAAUUCAACUGUUCCUCACCUUUUUCAACUUUUUUGACCCCAUUGUGGUUUUGUUGCCGUUACACUUUAUUCUUGAGUUCAGUUGUGUUUUCACCUUCUUUAUCAACAUUCGUGAUUACAUUUUUAAACAAAAAAAAAAUAUAUAUAUAUAUAAAAUAAGUGACGUGUGGUAAGGUUCAUGACUGGUGAGGCACUAACUUCAUCACAGUCAGAUUUACAAACAUAUGAACCCUAAAUAGUAUCUUAUUCACCAUUUGAUUGGCAGCAGUUAGCGGGUUAUGUUCAAAAGCUCAUACAAGCGUUCUUUACACAUACAACUGUAGCACAUAAAAAAGCACAUUUAAUUAAAAAAAACGUUAUUAUGGUCUUACCUUUACUUAUAAAUGAAGUCCAUGCGCUGCUCCUUCUGAACAAAAGCAUCGAUAACUUCUUUAUAGAAGUCUUCCUUAUCUUUCUUCAGUUUUAAAAGUCUGUCUCAAUGGAGAUCACUGCCGGAGCAAACCUUUUAGCUCCGGGGUUGGUCUUCCUUUAAUUAUUACUUCCUGCUUUGAUUGAAAGUCCAGUUUAGAAAAAUGUUUUAUUUUAACUACGUAAUCCUCCAUGUCCAGGCGAGAGGAAAAAAUAAACGAUCGCUGCCGCUGCACUUGACUUGCUAACUGUAGCUUGUUGUCACUUAUUCUGCAGCCGAGUGAUCGCAAGAAUGAUCCCUGGGAUCACUAGCGCCCUCUACCACCAUGAGGCGGGAGAACAGUUGCCUCACACAGUGCGUCUUGACAGCCGUUUUAUGAUUGCUGAGCACAAGAAAUACGUUACACACAUACAGUUUUUGAAGAAAUACACUGUACAUUAUAUACCUCAGCUAACUAAACAAUGGAAAUUUAUGAUAUAAUUCAUAUAGCAAUAUGGUCUCACUGCACAGCAGCCAGCAGUUAGCCGAGUCAUUGCGCAAUCCAUGGUGAGGCUCAACUGGCUGCUGACUCACCGCAAGUCUCUUCUUAGUAUUUGAACGGCAUAUGUGAAAAUUCAGCGAUUUUUAAUCGAAAUGUAAAACUGGUGAAGUUAAAUGGAAAGUAACUUUAUAAAGUAUAAUCACUGGAUACAUAUAACAAUUUGAUUUUUAUUUUUUUUUUUACAUUUUUUUUCUUUCCAUGAUGGCACCUGCCUCCCCUGACUGCACGUCACUGAUAUAUAUAUAUAUAUAUGUGUGUGUGUGUGUGUGUGUGUGUGUGUGUGUGUGUGUGUGUAUAUAUGUAUGUAUGUAUGUAUGUAUGUAUGUGUGUGUGUGUGUAAAAUAGCACAAAGCUACAAAAAGGGCAAGGACGACUGUACUUUGCUACCACUUUCUUCUUGAAUUCAAUAGUGUUUCUCACCUUUAUCAAAGUGCUGUUACUAGCAAUUCCUUCUUGAAUUUGAUUGUUUUUCUUACGUUCUUUGGCCCCAUCAUGGGGUUUCCUGCGGGUCCACUUUCUUCUUGAAUUCAAUUGUUUCUCACCUUCUUUGUCAAAGUACCGGCAUUCGAAUAUUUCCCAAUAUGAGUUUUUAAAGUAAAAAUAUAUUUAAAAGAAAAAUAUAUGGAACAAAACCGCAAAAAUGGGCGAGGGACGACUGUACUUUGCUAUGACAUACUUAUCAGGUUCAAUAGUGUUUCUUAACUUUUGUGGUACUUGCAGUCGCAACUUUCUUUGGGCCUUAUCGUAGGUUUUGUUGCGUUUCCACUUCUUUCUUAAAUUAAAAUUGUGUCUCUCACUUUCUUUAUUAAAGUACCAUCAGUCACAUUUUUCGUGAUAUGAAUUUAUAGAAUAUAUAUUAAAAAUAAAGCAAAAUGGGCAAGGGACGACUAUACUUUGCUACGACAUUCUUGUCAAAUCAAUAGUCUUCAAUAGCGGUCCUCACCUUCUUUAUCAAAGUGCUGGCACUCACAAUUUUCUUUGGCCCCAUUUUGUUGCGGAUACAAGCAAUUAAAAAAAAUGUUGGUUUGUGCCCACAAAUGGUUAAAAAACUGAAUCAUACAAAAAGUGAGGCGUACAAAAGCAAUAGGUUUGAUUAUAAAUAUUACCAAUAUUCUUGUGAAGGUAGUAACACUAGAAAAAAGAGAUUGUUACUCGAAAAAGUACAGGGCUGACCCAAGAAUAAGAGCCUCUCUUGUUCCAUUCCAUUUUUAUUUAUUUUUUUUAAACGAUAAAAUCAAAGACUUUACUUCUUUAACCAUUUCUACAGGUCACUGUUGUGUGUGAGAAAGGGAGAACAGCUUAAACUAAAUGUAACUACUUUUUUUUUGUCAAUGUGGCCUUAACACUCCUUUGUAAUUAGUAGCAAAAGUGUCAUUGUUACCAGCAGUCACUUACACAAUCACAGCUGCCAAACGCCGCAAGAAGACUUUUCUGCUCGCCUCCAGUCAAAUUGUUUAGAUAAAGGUUAGAAAAUGGAGUAUUGUGGGUUUAGCACACUGUUAUUAUUAGAUGUCUUCACCUACUUGUACAGAACUCUCCCACCACAGACGUGAAAGUCACUUUCCAGUGUCGCCAUAUUGGUUCCACUUUAUUUGUUUUUUUUUUCAACAAUUGCUCUGAAUGUUUAGUUUUGUUUUUUUUGUUUUUUUGUUUUUUUUGCCAAAAGGUACGACGUUUGUUGCUUUACAGAUUAAAUGCAGUUCGGUACGCCCGCAAGCUAGGUGAUCCAUUUCACUUGUCCUGUUUACUAUUUCAAUGUAUAUUUUUUUUUUAAAGAAACCCUUUUAUCUGAGAACAUCCCGUAGUUGCAAAAAUAGAUCAGGAUGCUUUUUAAGAAACAAGACAUGAUCAAGUCAAUUGUUCCUGUAUAUUUAUUGACUUUUUUUAAUUGUUAUAAUUAUUGACUGAAUGACACAUGCAAUACAGUGGCAGGACAAUGUAGUUGACUAUCUCUGACGGCAAAGAGUUCCCACUCUGACACAGAAUGCCAAGGAAAACGAGCUUGUGCCAUCUGAUGGAAGCCCACGGCAGAGUUUUGCUACAAGUCUGUAAAACAAUUUAUUUAACGACUUUGCCCCACAACACCUUCUGAGGCACUGAAAGGUUCAGAUGUUUUGGGUUUUUUUGGAAGAUUUUGUCCUCCAAUUUCUUUUUUUUUUCUCCCCACCCUGGAGGGGGUCUGUGGCACAGCUGGUUUUCCAUGGCUCAGAGCGGGGAAAUUUCCACGGAAUGCAGCAGCGGUUCUGCAAAAUAAUUGUCAAACGUACGCGCUCCCAUCCUCGUGUGUGUGUGCGUGUGCGUGUCUCUCGUUCCCAACCAGCAGAAGAUGAGAAGCGGGUGAAUGGAAAUAAAAAAAACUGACCUUGUCUCAAUCCAAA